GCGGAGGCGAGGCGGCGAGCACGCGCAGGCCGGGCCCGGCCGGCCUCUCUCCUCAGUCGCUGCGUCGUCGGCCAUGGCGGCGGCGGCGGCCUCGCAACGGGACCCUGCCGGGGACUGGCAGGACUUCUCGGGCUUCCAGCCCCCGGCCGAGGAGAGCGGCUGCCCGGAGGCCCCGGUGGCGUGUCGGGAAGGCGGCUCUUGGGGCGGCGGCGGAGGAGGCAACGACCUGGCGGCCCAGCUGCCGCUCUGCUUCCAGGCGCCGCCGCCGCCGAGCUGCGCCGAAGGGGAAGCGCGGGUCCCGCCGAGGCCUCUCAGCGACCAGAGCGCGCUGCACGAAGACGAGAUUUGGAAUGCUCUGACAGAUAAUUAUGGUAAUGUAAUGCCAGUUGACUGGAAGUCUUCACACACCAGAGCACUGCAUUUGCCAACACUGAAUCUUUCUGAAAAGGGAGUUAAUGACAACAUGAACCUUGACUUAUCAGAUGAUGAAGAGUUGAGAGAGCAACUAGACAUGCAUUCUAUUAUAGUUUCCUGCAUCAAUGAAGAACCGCUCUUCACAGCUGAGCAGGUGAUUGAAGAAAUAGAGGAAAUGAUGCAGGAAUCUCCAGAUCCAGAUGAUGAAGAAACACCAACCCAGUCAGACCGCCUGUCCCUACUGUCCCAGGAAAUUCAAACACUUAAGAGAUCUAGUACAAACCACAAUUAUGAAGAACGUGUGAAAAAUCUAUCUGUGACGGAAUUAAAUGAUCUGUUAGAAGAGAUUGAGACUGCCAUCAAGGACUACUCUGAGGAGCUAGUGCAGCAGUUGGCACUACGAGACGAGCUGGAAUUUGAGAAGGAAGUAAAGAACAGCUUCAUCUCUGUCCUUAUUGAAGUACAAAACAAACAAAGAGAACAGAAGGAAAUGGCAAAGAAGAAAAAGAAACUGAAAAAUGGCAGUCCUCAGAAUGGCAAGCAAGAGAGGAGUCAUAUGCCUGGAACACGGUUCAGCAUGGAAGGGAUCUCAAAUGUUAUUCAGAAUGGCUUCCGUCAAACGUUUGGAAACUCGGGUGGAGAAAAACAGUACCUGACAACAGUUAUUCCUUAUGAGAAGAAAAGUGGACCUCCAUCAGUUGAAGAUCUCCAAACAUUAACAAAAAUUCUUCAUGCCAUGAAAGAAGACAGUGAGAAAGUGCCAAGCUUAUUAACAGACUACAUUUUGAAGGCAUUGGUUUGAAAGCUGGAUUGCUCAGAGUUUUGUGCCCUACAUGAAGAGAGCUGUGUUUGGUGAAAGGCAGCCAGGCUAAUUCCUGUGACAAAGGUUGUUCAAAGCCUUUCAGUUUGGCCCUGUGUUCUCAUGUAUUUACUAUUUUCAUUGCCUGCUUGGACUUUUGAAUCCUGGAGUGAGUCCUCCAGAGUAUGUAGAAUUCAUCCAUUAUUAUUUUUCACUCGUGUGAUGUAUUUGAGCAGAGAACAAAUGCUGUACAGUUUUAUCCACAUGCAUUGUUUUGGCUUUUUAAACAGUAUUUUUUACAAACACACGGCAUGUUAUUAUCCUCCACAACGAUCGGAGUCUGUGGAAGAACAAGAAACUUUAGUGUAAAUAAAAACCUAUUGCAUUAAACAGAAUUUAAUAAUAACUGCAAUAGGUUAUUGCAUUAAAUGUGUAAAAUGGCUCAAAAGCUGAACCUGCACUGCAAAAUUUGACUGAAGUUCUUCAUUGGAGACUCUAGAAUAGUGAUAUGGGAACUAGCACUGAACUUUUUUUUUAUGCAAGAGUUAAAAAGAAGUAUUGUUGUGUUUAGUGUUACUGUUUACCGAUUCUCAUCAAUUUUUCAGCACUCUACAGAAGUUAAAGAGGUAGGGUAUCAUUUUUCCAUUACUGGUUGGCUCGCUUAAUGAGAUUACAAUUCAUCAGGAAGUUAUUCUCUGCAAGCCCUAUGGAAAUGAAUGGGAUAUGUGAAAGACCACAGUCAGCCUUGCAUGGGAAAUCUUCCUGAUUGAUUUGUUUCAAAUUAUUGUCCCAUUAAUAUUGUGCUCAGUAUUUUAAUUAUUUAAAUGAAUGUAGUUGAAUAUGGAUAUCUUGCUGCUAUUGUGCUUUUUAGUCCACAUGUUAAAUGUUUGGUCAUAGUAUAACAUUUUAUAUGCUGCAGUAUAUUAAUGAACAUUUUUAAAAAGA